GCUCCCUGCCAGAACGGCGCUCGGCGCGGCGCGGCCCGGAGCGGCGGCGGCGCCUCUUCCUGCCUGCUAGCCCUCAGGAGUUGCUGGAUCUUUUUGACAGAAAAAAGCCGACAGGGGCCUCGAGGAGGACUCGCCACGAGCGGGCAGAGACGGUUCGGCCCCCUGCUGGCCCGGGCGGACCCCUCUCCCCCCGUCCAGGGGUCCGCUGCUCCCCCACUCCCCUCCUUUCCACCUCUUCUCGCUCUGCCUCUCUCGAUUUAUUUUUUCGAACGGUGUAGCCGCCAGAGGUGCGGUGCUAAAUUCUUGGAAGGGGCCCGGAUGUACUGAGGAUGCAUUACAAUUUCACAAAAGGAGGCAGUAGUGGAAAGGAGCAGUUUUUGGUGUUUGAUGCAAUAAUGGGAAUCAGGUAAUCCUCAGAAGGGAAGAAGAAAAUACUGCAGAUCCACGGCUUCCUUGAAUUUGCACGAAAGCCGCCGACCUCGGAGGAGGGAUUAAUCCAGACCCGCUUGGGGGUGUUUGGCCAUUUCUUCCUCUUUGUGGCUUCUUCUCCUUUUAAAACAAUUUUUGGUCAAUGGUCAAUGAGAACACGAGGAUGUACAUUCCAGAGGAAAACCACCAAGGUUCCAACUAUGGGAGCCCGCGUGCAGCUCACGCCAACAUGAAUGCCAAUGCGGCUGCGGGGCUCGCCCCCGAGCACAUCCCAACGCCCGGGGCAGCCUUGUCCUGGCAGGCAGCCAUCGACGCGGCCCGGCAGGCUAAGCUGAUGGGCAGCGCUGGCAAUGCAACCAUCUCCACCAUCAGCUCCACACAGCGGAAGCGGCAGCAAUAUGGGAAACCCAAGAAGCAGGGCAGCACGACUGCCACACGCCCGCCCCGUGCCCUGCUCUGCCUGACUCUGAAGAACCCCAUCAGGAGGGCGUGCAUCAGCAUCGUCGAAUGGAAACCAUUUGAAAUAAUUAUUUUACUGACUAUUUUUGCCAAUUGUGUGGCCUUAGCGAUCUAUAUUCCCUUUCCAGAAGAUGACUCCAAUGCCACCAAUUCCAACCUGGAACGAGUGGAAUAUCUCUUUCUCAUAAUUUUUACUGUGGAAGCAUUUUUAAAAGUAAUAGCCUAUGGACUUCUCUUUCACCCCAACGCUUACCUCCGCAAUGGCUGGAAUUUACUAGAUUUUAUAAUUGUGGUUGUAGGGCUUUUUAGUGCAAUUUUAGAACAAGCCACCAAAGCUGACGGGGCAAAUGCUCUAGGAGGUAAAGGAGCUGGAUUUGAUGUGAAGGCACUGAGGGCAUUCCGCGUGCUGCGCCCCUUGCGGCUGGUAUCUGGAGUCCCAAGUCUCCAAGUCGUUCUGAAUUCCAUUAUCAAGGCCAUGGUCCCCCUGCUGCAUAUUGCCCUGUUAGUGCUAUUUGUCAUCAUCAUCUACGCUAUCAUUGGCCUGGAGCUCUUCAUGGGAAAGAUGCAUAAGACCUGCUACAACCAGGAGGGCAUAGCAGAUGUUCCAGCAGAAGAUGAUCCUUCCCCUUGUGCUCUGGAGACUGGCCAUGGGCGGCAGUGCCAGAAUGGCACUGUGUGCAAGCCUGGCUGGGACGGGCCCAAGCACGGCAUCACCAACUUUGACAAUUUUGCCUUCGCCAUGUUGACAGUGUUCCAGUGCAUCACCAUGGAGGGCUGGACAGAUGUGCUAUACUGGGUCAAUGAUGCCGUAGGAAGGGACUGGCCCUGGAUCUAUUUUGUUACACUUAUCAUCAUAGGGUCAUUUUUUGUACUUAACUUGGUUCUCGGUGUUCUUAGCGGAGAGUUUUCCAAAGAGAGAGAGAAGGCCAAGGCUCGGGGAGACUUCCAGAAGCUGCGAGAGAAGCAGCAGCUGGAAGAGGACCUGAAGGGCUACCUGGACUGGAUCACCCAGGCAGAGGACAUCGACCCUGAGAACGAGGACGAAGGCAUGGAUGAGGAGAAGCCCCGAAACAUGAGCAUGCCCACAAGUGAGACCGAGUCUGUCAACACCGAAAACGUGGCUGGAGGUGACAUCGAGGGAGAGAACUGCGGGGCCAGGCUGGCCCAUCGGAUUUCCAAAUCAAAGUUCAGCCGCUACUGGCGUCGGUGGAAUCGGUUCUGCAGAAGAAAGUGUCGUGCUGCAGUCAAGUCUAAUGUCUUCUACUGGCUUGUGAUCUUCCUGGUGUUCCUCAACACACUCACCAUCGCCUCAGAACAUUACAACCAGCCCCACUGGCUCACGGAAGUCCAAGACACGGCCAACAAGGCACUACUGGCCCUUUUCACUGCGGAGAUGCUGCUAAAGAUGUACAGCCUGGGCCUGCAGGCCUACUUUGUGUCCCUCUUCAACCGCUUUGACUGCUUCAUCGUGUGUGGGGGCAUUCUGGAGACCAUCCUGGUGGAGACCAAGAUCAUGUCUCCCUUGGGCAUCUCUGUGCUGAGAUGUGUCCGGCUACUGCGGAUAUUUAAAAUCACAAGGUACUGGAACUCCUUAAGCAACCUGGUGGCAUCCUUGCUGAAUUCUGUGCGCUCCAUUGCCUCCCUGCUGCUACUCCUCUUCCUCUUCAUCAUCAUCUUCUCCCUCCUGGGGAUGCAGCUCUUUGGAGGAAAGUUCAACUUUGAUGAGAUGCAGACUCGGAGGAGCACAUUUGAUAACUUUCCUCAGUCCCUCCUCACCGUGUUUCAGAUCCUGACCGGGGAGGACUGGAAUUCGGUGAUGUAUGAUGGGAUCAUGGCUUAUGGCGGCCCCUCUUUUCCAGGGAUGUUAGUCUGUAUUUACUUCAUCAUCCUCUUCAUCUGUGGAAACUAUAUCCUACUGAAUGUGUUCUUGGCCAUUGCUGUGGACAACCUGGCUGAUGCUGAGAGCCUCACAUCUGCCCAAAAGGAGGAGGAAGAAGAGAAGGAGAGAAAGAAGCUGGCCAGGACUGCCAGCCCAGAGAAGAAGCAAGAGAUAAUGGAAAAGCCAGCUGUGGAGGAAACCAAGGAGGAGAAAAUUGAGCUGAAAUCCAUUACAGCUGAUGGAGAGUCCCCACCCACCACCAAGAUCAACAUGGAUGACCUCCAGCCCAAUGAAAAUGAAGAUAAGAGUCCCUACCCCAACCCAGAAAAUACAGGAGAAGACGAUGAAGAGGAGCCUGAGAUGCCUGUGGGCCCCCGCCCACGACCACUCUCUGAGCUGCACCUUAAGGAAAAGGCAGUGCCCAUGCCAGAAGCCAGUGCAUUUUUCAUCUUCAGCCCCAACAACAGAUUUCGCCUCCAGUGCCACCGCAUUGUCAAUGACACGAUCUUCACCAACCUGAUCCUCUUCUUCAUUCUGCUCAGCAGCAUUUCCCUGGCAGCUGAGGACCCUGUCCAGCACACCUCCUUCAGGAACCAUAUUCUGUUUUAUUUUGACAUUGUUUUCACUACCAUUUUCACCAUUGAAAUUGCUCUGAAGAUGACUGCUUAUGGGGCUUUCCUACACAAGGGCUCUUUCUGCCGGAACUACUUCAACAUCUUGGAUCUGCUGGUGGUCAGCGUGUCCCUCAUCUCCUUUGGCAUCCAGUCCAGUGCAAUUAAUGUGGUGAAGAUCUUGCGAGUUCUGCGAGUCCUCAGGCCCCUGAGGGCCAUCAACAGGGCCAAGGGGCUAAAGCACGUGGUCCAGUGCGUGUUUGUCGCCAUCCGAACCAUAGGGAAUAUCGUGAUUGUCACCACGCUGCUCCAGUUCAUGUUCGCCUGCAUCGGGGUCCAGCUUUUCAAGGGAAAGCUCUACACCUGUUCAGAUAGUUCCAAGCAGACCGAGGCGGAAUGCAAGGGUAACUACAUCACAUACAAGGAUGGGGAAGUUGACCACCCCAUCAUCCAGCCUCGCAGCUGGGAAAACAGCAAGUUUGACUUUGACAAUGUUCUGGCAGCCAUGAUGGCCCUCUUUACCGUCUCCACCUUUGAGGGGUGGCCAGAGCUGCUGUACCGCUCCAUCGACUCCCACACAGAAGACAAGGGCCCCAUCUACAACUACCGUGUGGAGAUCUCCAUCUUUUUCAUCAUCUACAUCAUCAUCAUUGCCUUCUUCAUGAUGAACAUCUUCGUGGGUUUUGUCAUCGUCACCUUCCAGGAGCAGGGGGAGCAGGAAUACAAGAACUGUGAACUGGACAAGAACCAGCGACAGUGUGUGGAAUAUGCCCUCAAGGCCCGGCCCCUGCGGAGGUACAUCCCCAAAAACCAGCACCAGUACAAAGUGUGGUACGUGGUCAACUCCACCUACUUUGAAUACCUGAUGUUCGUCCUCAUCCUGCUCAACACCAUCUGCUUGGCAAUGCAGCACUAUGGCCAGAGCUGCCUAUUCAAAAUCGCCAUGAACAUCCUCAACAUGCUCUUCACUGGCCUCUUCACUGUGGAGAUGAUUCUGAAGCUCAUUGCCUUCAAACCCAAGGGUUACUUUAGUGAUCCCUGGAAUGUUUUUGACUUCCUCAUCGUAAUUGGCAGCAUAAUUGACGUCAUUCUCAGUGAAACUAAUCACUAUUUCUGUGAUGCAUGGAAUACAUUUGACGCCUUGAUUGUUGUGGGUAGCAUUGUUGAUAUAGCAAUCACCGAGGUAAACCCAGCUGAACAUACCCAAUGCUCUCCCUUUAUGAACGCAGAGGAGAACUCCCGCAUCUCCAUCACCUUCUUCCGCCUCUUCCGGGUCAUGCGACUGGUCAAGCUGCUAAGCCGUGGGGAGGGCAUCCGGACCCUGCUGUGGACCUUCAUCAAGUCUUUCCAGGCUUUGCCCUAUGUGGCCCUUCUGAUAGUGAUGCUGUUCUUCAUCUACGCAGUGAUCGGGAUGCAGGUGUUUGGGAAAAUUGCCCUGAAUGACACCACAGAGAUCAACCGGAACAACAACUUUCAGACCUUCCCCCAAGCUGUGCUCCUUCUCUUCAGGUGUGCCACAGGGGAGGCAUGGCAAGACAUCAUGCUGGCCUGCAUGCCAGGGAAGAAGUGUGCCCCCGAGUCAGAGCCCAGCAACAGCACGGAAGGGGAAACGCCCUGUGGCAGCAGUUUUGCCGUCUUCUACUUCAUCAGCUUCUACAUGCUCUGUGCCUUCCUGAUCAUCAACCUCUUUGUAGCUGUCAUCAUGGACAACUUUGACUACCUGACAAGAGACUGGUCAAUCCUUGGUCCCCAUCAUCUGGAUGAAUUUAAAAGAAUCUGGGCAGAGUAUGAUCCUGAAGCUAAGGGUCGUAUCAAACACCUAGAUGUGGUGACCCUGCUCCGGCGGAUUCAGCCCCCACUGGGUUUUGGGAAGCUGUGCCCUCACCGCGUGGCUUGCAAACGCCUGGUCUCCAUGAACAUGCCUCUGAACAGUGAUGGGACUGUCAUGUUCAAUGCCACCCUGUUUGCCCUAGUCCGGACAGCCCUGCGGAUCAAAACAGAAGGGAACCUAGAGCAAGCCAAUGAGGAGCUGCGGGCCAUAAUCAAGAAGAUCUGGAAGCGUACCAGCAUGAAGCUGCUAGACCAAGUGGUGCCCCCUGCAGGUGACGAUGAGGUCACCGUUGGCAAGUUUUAUGCUACUUUCCUGAUCCAAGAGUACUUCCGGAAAUUCAAGAAGCGCAAAGAGCAGGGCCUUGUGGGCAAGCCUUCCCAAAGGAACGCCCUGUCCUUGCAGGCUGGCUUGCGCACGCUGCAUGACAUUGGGCCUGAGAUCCGACGGGCCAUCUCUGGAGAUCUGACAGCUGAGGAGGAGCUGGACAAGGCCAUGAAGGAGGCUGUGUCUGCUGCCUCCGAAGAUGACAUCUUCAGGAGGGCCGGUGGCCUGUUCGGCAACCACGUCAGCUACUACCAAAGCGACGGCCGGAGCGCCUUCCCCCAGACCUUCACCACCCAGCGCCCACUGCACAUCAACAAGGCGGGUAACAGCCAAGGCGACACCGAGUCGCCAUCCCACGAGAAACUGGUGGACUCCACCUUCACCCCCAGCAGCUACUCGUCCACUGGCUCCAACGCCAACAUCAACAAUGCCAACAACACUGCCCUGGGCCGCUUCCCCCGUCCCGCUGGCUACCCCAGCGCAGUCAGCACCGUGGAGGGCCAUGGGCCCCCCUUGUCUCCUGCUGUCCGGGUACAGGAGGCAGCAUGGAAGCUCAGCUCCAAGAGGUGCCACUCCCGGGAGAGCCAGAUAGCCAUGGUGUGUCAGGAAGAGGUCUCUCAGGACGAGACCUAUGACGUGAAGAUAAGUGAAGACACUGAGUACUGCAGCGAGCCCAGCCUGAUCUCCACAGAGAUGCUCUCCUAUCAGGAUGAUGAAAAUCGGCAAUUAACACCACCGGAGGAGGACAAGAGAGAUAUCCGGCAAUCUCCAAAGAGGGGCUUCCUCCGCUCUGCCUCACUAGGUCGAAGGGCCUCCUUCCACCUGGAAUGUCUGAAGCGACAGAAGAAUCAAGGGGGAGACAUCUCUCAGAAGACAGUCCUGCCCUUGCAUCUGGUUCAUCAUCAGGCAUUGGCGGUGGCAGGCCUGAGCCCCCUCCUCCAGAGAAGCCAUUCCCCCAGCACAUCCCCCAGGCCCUGUGCCACCCCACCAGCCACUCCAGGCAGCCGAGGCUGGCCCCCACAGCCUAUCCCCACCCUGCGGCUGGAGGGUGCCGAAUCCAACGAGAAACUCAACAGCAGCUUCCCGUCCAUCCACUGCAGCUCCUGGUCUGGGGAGCCCACACCCUGUGGUGGAGGUGGCAGCACCAUCCGGAGAGCCCGGCCAGUGUCCCUCACUGUGCCCGGCCAGGCUGGGGCCCAGGGCAGGCAGUUCCACGGCAGUGCCAGCAGCCUGGUAGAAGCGGUCUUGAUUUCAGAAGGACUGGGGCAGUUUGCUCAAGAUCCCAAGUUUAUUGAGGUCACAACCCAGGAGCUGGCUGACGCCUGUGACAUGACCAUAGAGGAGAUGGAGAACGCCGCAGACAACAUCCUCAGUGGGGGCGCCCAGCAGAGCCCCAAUGGCACCCUACUACCUUUCGUUAACUGCAGGGACCCAGGGCAGGACAGAGCAGAGGGCCAAGAGGGCGAGACCUGCGCGCCCACCCUGGCGUGUCGGAAGAGCGAGGAAGAGCUCCAGGACAGCAGAGCCCACCUCGGCAGCCUGUAGUAGCUAGGGCUGGGGAGACGCUGGGUUUUUUAUUUGUUUCAAUGUUCCUAAUGGGUUCGUUUCAGAAGUGCCUCACUGUUCUCGUGACCUGGAGUUAACCGGAACAGCGUCUUCAUUCAUUUCGUUGGGACAAGACGCAGAGUUGGGUGGUGGUGGAGAGCCAGUUUUUCGGGGGGCAUGGAAGGCAGCAAUCCCAGUUUGUGUUGUGUGCACAGAGGUAGAGUGGUGAGGAGGAGUGGAAGAAUCAGGGAGGGAGAGCAAGAGAAGAGACGUCUGCCCUCGCCUCCGGGCAUGAAAGAGAACCUCAGCUUCCUGUGGUAGCCCUCACCAAAAGGACCCUAUGUCAAACGGGUGUCAACUUUGCUUGUAAAAAAAAAAAAAAAAAAAAAAUCAUUUUGCACAUAUUCUGUAUGAGCCUCACUGUCUCCAUAGAGCCAGGGCCCUGUGGAUUUGCAGAAGGAAGCAGGGGUAGGACUUCAGCGAGGACCCAGCCCCAUCCCAGAGAGGGAGGAGGAACAGCAAGAGGCUGCAGGAGCUCAGGAACCCGGAGCAGCUGGUGGGGGGGGCGCGUGGCAGCCUCACAGCCAAGGCCCCGGCCACGCCCACUCGUCUGCGUCAGGCUCACCUAGCCUGCCCUGGGCUCCCAGCUCCAGAAUGGCGGCUGGGCCUGCGUUGGCGGGGAGGGGCAGCUGGCGCUGCCUGCCAGGGAAGGGGCAGCCAGUUCUUGACGCGACGAGGUGGUGCUGAGCUUCUGUUGAGCGCUCUUUUGUUUUGUGAUUUGACAUAUUUCUUGACAGCAUGUUGCAGUUUUCGUUUUUUUGGUUUUUAUUUUCAUUUUGUUUUCCCAGGGGGAGGGGAGGAAGAAGUGUUUACAAAGCUUUGUAGCCACCCACCUUACUGUUUUCACUUUUGCAAAUGUAAAUCGGGUUUGGUUUUACUGUAUUAUUUAAACGAUUGUGGUUUUCUUUUUCUACGGUGGGUUCUGUGGAGCCGCUGUAGUCCGAGUUUUACCAGCCAUUGUGUAUGCGCAAUAAUUUGUUAUAAUUUCCGUAGGUAGUAACAACAAUUUUUUGGGUUUGGUUUUAUAAUUUAAAGUAAUGCACUUGAUGUGGUCUUGCACAUAUGGGUGAUUGAGUUGGGUUCUUUUUAAUGCUGGGUGUAUCCGUGGGUGCCAGAGAGCGGAAGCACGGAUGAGAGAGUCUCUGUGAGUGUGUGUGCUACGUGUGUGUGUGUGUGUGUGUGUGUGUAGUGGGUUGUCUGGGCACAUGUCCUACGUGUGUAUGUGCACCCAUGCAGUGCGCCCAUGCGUGAAUGAGUGUGUCGCUCCCCCUUUCUGGUCUAACUGUGGGGAGAUCUGAAUCUGGGGCCAUUUGAAAGCAAAAACAAACCACUGUCUCUGCUUCUGAAACGGGAAUCAGUAACUCUUUGCAUUUUCUGUCCCACAAGAUAUGCAAAAACAAUGCAAUAAUAUUCAUUUUAAAAAUACAAUUGUGAGUUGUGUUGGCAUUAAAGCUGUAUUUAAAAAAAACAGAGAAAUUUAAGGGAAAAACUCAAGAAGGCGUUUUGCUUCGAUAUAUUCCGUGUAAUGUUUUAUUGCAUUGAUAAUGUUUCUGUUGAAGAAACUGUUAUACUUGAAUUCAGGUCAGUUUCAGUAUUUUACAAAUAUUUUUUUAAAACUGAAUUGCAAUUGUGCCAAGCGAAUAUAAUGAAUUGAAUUAAGUUUGUUUUUGAAUUCACUUCUUGUAUAUUUUGCUGCAUGUAAGUAAAUCAUUUUGUAUUUGAAGUGUGACAAGCUUUACCCUCGAACUCUGAAGUGCUUUUCUAUAUGUGGUUGGGGGAAAGGGAACGAAUAUUCUUUUAAUUUUUACAAUGAGCAAAGGUAUCACCAGUGUAAAUCAUUACCCCGCGAUCCACAAACAGGUUUGGACAUUACUGUUUUGCAUAUCUUGUGUUUGCUUCCAUUUCCCUCAAUUUUUCCAAAACUAUAUAAGUAUAUUCGUACUACAUCUUGCUUUGAGAGACCAGGACAUGUCUUAUUCCUGUCUUCGUUCUAUCCACUCUGCUCCAGUUCUCUGAUUUGGACUUUCUCUAGGGACACUCCUUCACCAUGAGGGGACAGCACCAGGCUGGCAUCAACGUCCCCCAUGGGAGAAGUGGCUGGCUUUUCUGUUCACUUUCACCGCACAAACUUUCCUCAGUGGUUUCCUCAGGAAAGUGUACACUGACUUGAAAGGAUGGAACUAGAGUCGGGCUGGUUGGAGGGAAGGGAGUCCUCCCCCUGGCAACUGCUCUACCCAAACUCAGACGGCAGGGGCCAGAGAACAGCAACCAGGUAAAAAUCUUUGUCCAUCCAAACGUCAGCUCUGUCUUAUUCACUUCAUCUCUUCCUCUCUGGAGCAGGAUUUCUUCCAGACCCACCCUCGUGUGUGUGGCAGCCAUGGAAAGGACCAGGACUGGGGAGGACGUGUCAGGAGUUCACAGUGAUAGUGGAACCAGAGACUUUGUGGGAGCAUCUCUUAUGCCCGUUUGUGUCUACCUAGAACAUCAUCCUAUUGGUGCUCUUUCCUUCAAAUAGAGUUCAACAAUGAUGGUUGAAAAGGAAGUGAUUUGGGGAAAACAGGACCCAACCAUUCAUCCAGGAUUUACUCAUUGAAUGUCUUCUGGUCCCAGUGUGCUCUCAGCCCUUAUAUGAGCAGCCUAGAAAUUAAAGUUGGAGAAAGUCCACUACCCCAAUGAAGAUGAAUUUCACUUUCAAGGACUGAUUCAUGAAAAAGUGGAGAAAUGUGCCACAUACUCCCAGGUUAACUUACUGUCUAGAAGCAGGAAGGUUUCUUCCUGUUUCUCCAAGCCCAACCCAUCCAAACAUUUUUGGUUUGUUUUCAGUGCUGUGAAGGCCUUCUAGAAAUUAGUUAGGUGUCAUCCUUUGUCUAGUUUCCCAAGAUGUCUGCCACUGUGCUGCUAAGAUUUUAAUUAUGAUGGAGAGGGGAGCCCUUUUGGAUUAAUACCUGGUUCUUGCUGUACAUUUGGUCCCUGGAUAGAAAUUUGGAAUCUUAAUUAACUACAUGCACACAAACACACACACAACAUACACACUCAGACUUCCUGCUGCUUUUUUCCUUUUAGACUUCUUCUGCAUCACCAAAUCUCAUUAGCCGGCUGCAGGCCGGGCUCAUGCCAGCUACCCCCAGGGCCGUACCUAAGUAUGCCCCUUACCCUUCACCACUCAUGCCUACAAGUUCCCUUCUUCUUUAUAGUCAUCUCUGUCAGAAGACCAGCUAGCCUUGCACCCUAUAGGGACAAUGUCAGCAGUGACAAGGGCAUCUGGCCCUAUGCCUCUAUGAAGGAAAGGAGUUUCAUAUGGGAGUUCCCUGUCUAGAGCCAUGAGUCUUUCUGGCAUGACCUCAUGGUCAAUUGGUAAAGGGCUGACAUAAGAUACUUGUCAUCAUGACAGACUGGUUAAAUCAGUCAUGAAAUCCUGAACCUCGUCCAUUAGAUGUUUACCCUCCACCUAGAGUAGAGCUUACCCCAUGACCUUGUAAAACAUAACUGUCAAAUCUUCUGAGAACCCUUAAGUGGCAGGAGAAAUCUGCUAAUGGCUGAGGACCAACAGGACUUGAAGAAGUGCAAUGUAAGUUCUGGGGGCGGUGAACGCGAUUUUUAUUUGUCCUCUGAAUGGCCCAGACUCUUUUAUUUCCACACUUUGGCUUUUUAGUAGUCAUGUGUGUGAUUUUCAGUUGUCUCCUUUCUGUCUGUUUCUAGAAAGUUCUUUUUGGUCUUGAGCAGAAAGAGAAGAAUAUUUUCCUAGAUUUUGGCUUGAUCCAUGAAUUUUUCUCUGCUUUGCUUCACAGGCAAUUAGUUAUAGUCCCUCCCCUCACCUUCUAAGUCUGACAGGCUGCCCUCUGACUGGGAGGUCCAAGGACAAAGGAACAAGGCUUCCUUACUCUGUCUUUAUCCUAUGACGCUGCUUCCAAAUCUCAGGGGCUUGUCUGGAGAGAAGCUAUCAUUUUCUCACAGCCAUUUUCCUUCCAGAACUUUUCCUGAUCAUUCACUUAAAGAUAAUAAGGCAACCACAGGAGAAGUGUACCUUUCAAUGCCUAAGUAAUAUCUUUCUGAGAAAUAAGAACACCCUGAAAAUGAAGAGUUUGGAAGGUAUCAAAAGGGUUUCAUAGAAGCCCGUUGAUAUAUGCCCAUCAUUCCUAAAUGUCAAGAUAUGUAGCAAGAACCUAGUUCAGGCAUACAAAAUAACCCUGGUAGUCAGGUUUUUAGCCUCAUCAAAGUACAAUUAUAAAUGUUGCUAAGGAGGAUGAAAGCAUCUCAAUCCUGAGGGACCUAGAAAAAAAAAUGAAGUAUCAUUGUCUAAGAGUUAGAAACUAUUUAACAAAGAGACCAGAAAAGGGCAAUCUGGUUUCGAGAAGACUCAUUUAAGCCCCAAGUUAGUAAAAAAAAAUAAUAAAAUAAAAAUAAACAAAAAAAAAUAAACAAAAAAAGACAUGGCUCUGGUCAGGGGAAAGUAUUGGCACAGAGAGAACAGGAAGGGAAAUGGGCCAAAACAAAGGGUAUGUCUUGACUCUUUAUGCAUCUGUCCCCAUUUUAUGGAAAGAAGUGUCCAGUUCAACCACCCACAAUGGCAAGAACAGGGGAGAGGCUGAUGCCUCAAGGAUCAACUUUAGAAAAAGAGAAAACUAAAGUUUCCAUCUGGCAUUGUUUUCCCAAACUAUUUGGCUAGAUGUGGGGUAUCUGCCACACUAUCUUUCCUCUCUGCUGGUGUCCCUCCCCUUGUAUUAGCCAGUAUGCCACCUGAAACUGACUCUAGUCAGUUGGAAGGUAUGAAGGGAGGCCUAAUGUCACUCACGACGAAGCUCCUGGUCACCACAUCCAGGUUCCCCAUCAGCUCCCUCUGAGGAGACACAAGGAAAAGAGACAAGGGAACGAAGUGUCCUACAACUGUCAGGGAGAGAGAGGGCCUCUUUUCCAUUCCCCAAGCCAUUCUCUCUAUUCCAGCUUCCUGCCCAACCCCCCUUUUUCCUUCUCCCCACCCCCCAGUCUAGUCAACAGAAGAGUUGAGAGGAGUCCAAUGUGCAGAUUCUUACAUAGUUUCUUUGUGAAACUAGUUCUGGUUUUAACUUUAUUUUUUUUUAUUUCAAAGCAAUGAAACUUUGCUUUGAAGCCAGAUACCAAUAGAACAGGUGGUUUCUGCCAGACUUCCACAUGGUUGGGGAGAUAUUUGAACACCACACACACACACACACACUUCCUUAAGGAACAGGUGCUAGUGAAGGGGUUGAGCUCUGCACACAUGAUAUUGUCCUCCCAGAGGACUGAGCACUGUGUAGAGAGAAAUGGAGAGAGAACCAGAAUAACUUCCUUGGGUAGAAAUAGUGUCAUCUGAACCUAUUAUUACUGUGAACUAAAUAUUAUUUAUCUAUAUUGAGAAAUACUACUACUUCUAAAAUCAAGACUUUUCCCUCACAUGAUUUUAAGAGUCUUGCUCCACAGCAGAUGCAGUGGUAUAGACCCUUUGGCCCUUUGGCUCUCCAGUAUUCUAGAAAAGCCUUUUGAUGGGUCUCUGAAAGGGAAUUCGAGAUUUCCAGAAGGAUGCAUUGAGCUGAGUUGAACAAAUCUAUUCAACACUGAGAGCAGAGUCAGAGUUGGGACUGUCCACAAAAAUCCCCUAAAUCUCUACCAAAUUAAGAAAGACAAGACAAAGACGAGAAAAUUAAACAAAAGCUUCAAAUGUUACAUCACCAAAUAUUCUCCCUUCAGAUCAGAUGCUGGCCUCCACAGCUAUACUCUCUUUUGGGGGACAUCCCAUACACCCCAUUUCCCAGAAUCUAAUGACUUUCAUAAGGUUCCUAGAAAGGGCAGCAUGACAUUUAAUCUACCAUAAAUCAGACAUUUACUACAAAUUUGCCAUCCAAAAAUCACUCAUGUACUUCAUACAUAAGAAAAUUUUUCACCUAGAUCAUUAUCAGAAAAGUCUCUUGAUGGAAGAGGUUGUACAUCUUAAGGGAGGGUAAUUUCUAUGUGAAGAACUGUGGAAAUAGGAUGGUUCUUAUUUUCAGUUUAAGCCUGAAGAACUCUUGUUCUGAUAUUCUUGGAGCCCCGGAGUGUAUAAGCAGAGGAAUGAGGAAGAUGAGGGUGAGUGGGCACCAGCCUCAGCACUGAGUCACUGCCAAGGGAUGCUGAGGGCUGCAGGUUUCAGACCCCCUGCAUGAAGUCUCUCCUGAGCCUGCAACCAGGAAGGAAGAGAAGAGAAGGCUCCCUUCUGUAGAGUCAAGGAGGAACAAAAGAGGACAGGUCACUGCAUCCUGUACCAAGCCCCCUCCCCCAAAGAUUUCCCAACAUGGGGAAACUACAUUAAAGCUUAAAAAAAAACUUGGGAAUCAAGGGUAGACGGUAAACAAACAACCCUGUGCAAAGGGCUCCUUUGUAAGGCAACUCCAGUGACCCAAAUGCUAUGGGCUCUUUUCUGCUUGCACACAUCACACCACCCAUGCAUCAAGCUGCAUCCCAUUCCCCCAAGUUUGGAAUCCAUCUCUUGGUUUCUCAACUAGAUUAUGCACUACCCCAUAGCCGCUUUCUGCCCUGCCCAGAACAUAUGCUGUUCUCCUAGAGCCUCAUGGGAAUGAGGUCUAGCACCAAAUAGGCUGUGGGUAUCAAAGGCAUAAACAAAUUUGGACAAAUCUGUGAUGGUAGUAGUUGAGAACAACCUGUGGAAAAACACACAAGUUUGUUAAGAAAUUGGGUGGUGGGUCCCCAGCUGAUGAAGCACUGGAAUGUCUGUUACUCUCAUAAUCAUCUUGUUUUAAUACCCUAGAGCUGCCAAGCAAAAUUUCCGUCCACAUAAGAGGCUCCAGAUACACCCCCCUCUCCUCAUGUCCUCUUGCUCAGGCCCGAACCAAUUUGUAUCAUGCUUCUUAGAGCAUCACAGAAAGAUGAACGGUGCCUCCAUCGUCAUCCCACUGCCUGUCACCACCCCCCACACCCCUGCACACCCCUCCUCUCCAGGCUCCACGACUUCACAGUCUUACUGUUGUAAAUACUGUUGUACAGUUUGUAAUCAUCAACUAAUCCCGUUGUCAAAGGCCUCGCCUGCUGCGCCUUCUCGCCCUUGAGAAAGGCCAGGGAAUCUAGAAGGGGUAACCUUUCGAGAAGAGCUUCAGGGUCAUCUCUGUGUGAGACGCUAUGUAUAUUCCUGUAAGAUUGCAUUUUUAUCUAAGGAAUGAUGUUAUUUAAAAAACAAACAAAAAAAAACAAAAAACAAGAAUUGCAAAUAAAUUUCUUAACAAUGUCUA